AUGGACUUCAACUUGUACGCCUUGGGCGCUGGGUUGGCAGCUGGGGCCAAUGCCCCAGCUGCCGGGAUGAAGCAGACCAAGGGGGGUCAAAAGCCCCAGGCCAAGCCCAAGCCCAAGCCCAAGCCCAAGGUCAAGGCGCCAGGUCAGGGGACCUCGAGGUUUGCGCAGGCGCGCAGAGAGAAGGCGGCAGCCAAGGCCGAGGCCAAGGCCAAGGCUGAGGCUGAGGGUGCCCCUUCCUCCAUCACCACCACUACCUCCUCCUCCCCCGCCGCCGAGAAGGACGCCGCCGAGUCCGCCCCUGCCUCCGCCCCUGACUCCGUCCCCGCCGAGCCCGAGCCCGAGCCUGAUGCUGCUGCCGAGGAGGCCGAGGCUGCACUUGAGGAUGACCGAACUCUCUCCGACUACAACAUCCUGAAGGAAUCCACCCUGCACCUGAUCCUCCGCCUUCGUGGUGGUAUGCAAAUCUUCGUCAAACCCCUCACUGGAAAGACCAUCACCCUUGAGGUGGAAUCAUCCGACACCAUCGACGACGUCAAGUCCAAGAUUCAGGAUGAGGUCCUUCCAGGCUGUCUAACCGACCGUCUCCUUGAGUGGGCUUCAGAGUAG